GCGAUGGUGGCAGCAGCAUUGCGCUCUGUUAAGAGAAUUUAGUCAACUCGUGGCACUGUAGAUAAAAAGCUCUGUUUGAUAAAUGUCAUGUUCGAAUAUUUUUCAAAUAGUUACAAAUAUCUUUUUAAUGAAAUUUUCUUAAAAUAGUGGUGUCGUGUAGUUGUAACAGUCUGCAAAACGUGAAAAAGGCUGGAAAAAAGAUUUACAUAUUUAAUGAUAUUACUCAUAAAAUAAUAAAAGGAACAGAAAGGAUUCAUUACAUAAAAGAUGCAACUAAAAUCUUGAGAAUCAGAAAUAUGAAAUAAAUAUUGAAAAAAUUAAUUGUGCUGUGUGUUAUGUAGUACAGAUUAAUUUUUUUCUGAACAUGGAAAAGCUUCAUUGUAUAAUAUAUACAAAUAAUAUAAUUCCUCUAACAAUGUACAAUAUUGAUAAUUCAUCGAAAGUGGCCCAAGUUACACGUUAAAAUUAAUACAGUGUUCUAACUGUGAAAAAUUCUAGUUUUUUAAGGAAGUAUUCAAUUAUAUUUUGAGUUUGACAUUUCUUCUCUGUUGAGCAGUAAAACGAAGAAAUGGAUGAAGAUGUUAUUGCGAGAAUAUUUUACAUACUUAUUCAUACUGAUAUGGCAGCACGUCUGGCAAACCCGUGACGCAUAUUUACCAAUUACACGCUUCGAUGCUAUUUCUAAUCAUUGAAUUUUAUUUCAUAAGAAAGAAAAAUUAAAUUUACCAUCGAUUCGUUUGAUUUAAGAAACUGAUCUUAAUCUUGUUAUUUUAUAACACCCGGUGACAUGAUUUUUUCCUGUGCACGUGACUAUCCCGUUGAAAAUAUCGCAUUACUCUUGAAAUUCAGUUAAUUCUUAAACGUUUCAAUCACCCUGAAGAAUCAUGGCUAAAAAGACAGAAGAUAUGAAAGAGUGGAAUAUUGCUAGAACGGGAAUUUCUCUUCUUUUGAAUAAUAAAGUUGAAGAGGCUGAAGCCCUAUUUACUGGACACCCUCAUAGCUUUCACGUGAAAGCAGGUCGCUGCUUUGUCCUGUUUAUGAAUGCAUUAAUGACAUUUGAGAAUGAUAAACUUCAGCAGGCCAUGAUAUUGUUGAAAGAUAUGGAGAGAGAAUGUGCGAGUGAUAUAGGAUGGUUAAAAUCCAUGAAGAGCAAGGUCUUUAGAACGGAAGAAACUAACAAAGAUUAUAUCAACAAAUUGGAAAGACAAAUAGUUUUAGCAGACUCCCAGGUCUGUGCUGCAAUAUUAACAUUACUACAACAAGAACUCACUGGUUACGUACGCGGUGGCUGGAUGUUACGUAAAGCUUGGCAAGUUUAUCAACACGCGUACACACAAAUUUUACAACUUUAUCAGCGUACCUUUGGUACCAGUCCAUCGGGAUUCAAUACGAGGUGCAGUACUCCGUGCAAUGGCUCCUCUUAUUCCCUUCAAAGUCUACAAAGUCCAGGUUCCUCGGAAUGGUCUAUACCUUCUUGCAAUGGUUCAGCAAACCAUCCAACACCAGUCUCGCCCCCCUCAGGUCUGCGAAGCUCUCUAUCAAUGUUCUUCUCGCUCACUGGCAUCACGUCCGAACAACAGACACCUUUUGUUGAACCUAGCGAGGUCACCAGAUUGAUGUCAGCAGUUAGCUUUGGAUAUGGGAUUUAUCAGUUGUGUGUCAGUUUAUUGCCACCCUCGCUUAUAAAAGUAAUUCACUUUUUGGGCUUCGAAGGUGAUAGAGAAGCAGGACUCACUGCUUUAAUGUAUGCACGAUUGAGUGAGGAUAUGCGUGCUCCACUUGCCACCUUAUCUUUACUUUGGUAUCACACAAUCGCCCGCCCUUUUUUCGCCCUUGAUGGAAGCAAUCUUCGAGCUGGUGUGAAUGCUGCAAAGCAGUUAAUUACAGAAUGUCAAUCAGAGUUCAAUAAUUCCGCGCUGUUCCUCUUUUUCGCUGGCCGGAUACAGAGACUCGAGUCAAAUGUAAAUGAUGCUCUUCAAGCGUAUGCAAAGGCUGUUGAAAUUUCCAGUCAGAGGGAAAUAAAACUGUUAUGCUUGCACGAGGUAGCUUGGUGUUACCUAAUUCGAUUGAGUUACGAAGAAGCUUACCGAUCUUUAACGCAAUUACGCCAGCAAUCUAGGUGGUCAGUAAGCUUUUACGCUUACUUAGCAACUGUUUGUUGCGGAGCGAUUGGUAAAUUCGACAUUGUGGCGGCCUCUUAUCGAAAGAUACUUAAUUCGAAUAAUCGAAUGAAUAAGGAGACGCAACUUGGUUUGUUCGUUACGCGUCGAACGCCUAAGCUUUUGAAUCAAGAAACUGGACAACCUUACGCAGUUUUGUACUACAGAUUGCUCGUGUACGAGUUACUUUAUUUGUGGAACGCGAUGCCGUCCUGUUCUGCAGAGUCGUUACGAGGAAUUGUUCUAGAAUGUAAAGGUAACCGUGCGGAUGAACCAAUGGUUGGACUAGCUGAUUUAAUUGAAGGAGCGGCCUAUUCUUAUCUCGGUGAUAUCCAAGCGUCGAUUGAAAGCUACCGAAAUUGUAUAAAACGUCGUAAUCCGUCCAAUGAUGCAUACGAUCAACAUGUCAGCGCCUUUGCGCUUUAUGAACUUGGUACUGCACUUUGCAUUAUUAAUAAUAUCGAAGAAGGAAAAAUGGUUCUUUUAAAAGCUCAAACCCAAUACAGAGAUUACGACUUUGAAGGCCGAUUGAAUGUACGAAUACAUACCACCCUGAGGAAUUUUAACUGACGACGAAUAAGAAUAUGGUCUAUACAACUGUUAUGUAAUAUAUCUGUAGAUUUGAAAAUACUAUAUUUUUUAGGUAUCGGAUCCUUAACGCAACUACACUUUGUCCUAUGAUAUUCCGUCUAUACAUACGAUGUUACUAAACAAGUUUCUGUGCAUCAUUAAUUUAAUUGCAAAGCCAUAAAAUUCAAUAUUUCUAAGUAGUUUUUUAGUCUAUAAAAAAUCGUACCAACGGUGUUCGUUUUUUCCGUCUACACCAGGCAUGCACCGAGGAUCUUGUUACGGGUACAAGUUGCUCCCCACUGAUAUGUUUCUCGAGAUUGUAGGCGUUUAGUGGUGGGGAGAGGGUUCCGUCUUCCCGGACGCCUUUAGUUCGGGCCGGGGACCGCUAGAUGGCGACGAGAGAUGACGGCGGUGACAGUGCUCUCGCAAGCGGUCGCCCGGCAUGCAGUUCAAAUAUAUAGAAGCUCCGAAUUGCGGUAUGAUAGGUGUCAGGGGCAAGGAUCGUCUGUUGUCAGCUCCACUAAACGAGUCUGACAGACGAUCCUGAGACAAAAUAACACCUUUUUCUCCCUUCUCCUACAAGAUAUUACAUUGCUCAAUCACAUUCAUGAUCGAUUUUUUAAAUGAACCAAAUCUGUACCUUUCCAGCGAUAAAAUUUUGUCAAGUACCAAGUGAGAAAACCCAUAGUAGAGCUCCGUAACAAGCUCCGGCGCUCUUGGAUGCCCGGACGGGACACUUUCGUAUGCAUGCCUGGACCACAUUAAUGUUAGAAACUUUACAGUCGUACCAAAUCAGUUCGGUUAAACUAUAUCAAUACAAAAAAUAAUCCUAUUGUUACAUAUAAUGUACAUACAUACAUAUAUAUUUGUUCAUCCUGUUGUACGUACAGAAUGUUCAUCCGCACGAUUUUUCAAGCAUUUACAAUAAACUGAUUAAAAGAAAGUCAUAAAACUAUUUUCUAUCGUACGUUCAACAAACUACUAUUACAAAAUAUUUUUUAUGUUAUCAAGAAGAUUAUGUUUCAUCUUUUUAACACUAGAACUACCGACG